AUGGUUAUGCUACAGUACAGAUGUAAAGCGUGCCUUUUGGCAAUUAUACAGCUCGCCGCCAUUUCAGGUACGAUGUUCAGCUAUUUACGUACUGACAAGACUGUCGUCGUUUUGUCAAGCUUGGAACCAAAUUAAGCAUUUUUCAAUUUCUUUUGGGUUUUUUACUCUCUCAGCUUAUUAAUUAAUUCAUGUAGUUUUAGGUAAAUAUAUUUCGGUUAUUCGAACUUCUCUUCCUCUGCCCGAACACGAUUUGUCUUCAUCUUUGUACUAAAACGCGUUGUGGCGCCUCGUUGUUUACUUUGCAAAGGGUCCAAGUCCUUCAAUCGUGUGCUUCCCCUUCAACUACUUCCUAAACUAACGUUCGAAACUAAUAUUGUAGACCGCAAAUAUGAAUUUUUGGGACAACUUAAAUGAUGCAACAAGCAAGAGGGCGAAUGUUCUUCACCCCUAAUCGGUUUGGCAUGUGAGCACAAUUUUUAAGUAGUGCGAUUUACUAUAUAGAAUAUCAUUGACUAAUUCCUCUUUUUUUCGUGAGAAAUGAUAUGAUAACUAAAGAUUAUAUGAACGGUCAAUUUAGAACCUCUCUCAUCUUUUCCACUGUCUUAAAUCUGAGGUACAAAGUAGAGAAGUUUUCAUUUUAACCAUCACUGUGUAAUUAUAAACCUUGGCAAGUUUAGAGGUCUUCUAUGUGUAAUUAACCCUUCUUUUUAGUCAGACGAGCUCUUUCGUUUUUCGCCGCAUGUGUUCAUUAGUUCUCAAGUAGAUGUCGAUCUUGAGUUCCUUAGGUUCUCCGUAUGAACACCACGUACUUUUAGGAUAAAGAAAUUAUUUCUUAUUGAGGGAAGGCGCAACUGAGCGGCUAAACCAUAUGUUUACCUAAGCACGGUCGUGAAAGGGGUAGAACUGACAGAUGGGGAUGAAAUUUAUGUCUGAUCGAUUUGAGAAAUCAUUCAUUUUCGUGGAGGUUAUCUUUUCUAACGAAUUCGUUUCACAAUCUGGUCCCAAGUUUUUCUUUCUUGAACAUCUCGCGAAUUUAAUUACAUCCUUUUCUUUCAUAAAGGUGUGAAAAGCGGUACUAACUCUUUGUGAGUGCGUAAAUCGCCUGCGUUCCUCAAAUUAUGUUAAUCUAUCGAACAUUAUCAACUACUCGUACUACCUUUGAAGUUUUUUUGUUUGAGGUUUUAUACUUUCCCAAAGACUACAGUUGUUCUAAGUUGUCGAUAGAUUUUGCUGGAAAUUAAAAGUUCACCAAAAUAUUGGGAAACAUCCAAAGUCUUAGUAGAACGUGGUCUCAACAAAGGAACGGAAGUGUCUCAGUUUUUAUCUCUAACACCCUUUGGGUUACUUUACAACUCCCUUAUUCAGUAGUAGCGACUAUUUUUAAACCUUCAUGUUAUUUUUGACAAAAAAUUUUAUGGUUCAAAUGACUCGAUAAUUGUUGUUGAUUUUUAUAAAUUUAUAAAUUUAUGCUUUUGGUUAUGUAUGUUUGACUUUAAGUGCUUUCAAUUAAAAAAAGUCCUAAGGCAUUUAAUAGUUAAUCAGUAGGACACAAUAAAGUCCUCAAUACUUUUGUAAGACAUACAAAUUUCUGAAUGACAAAAUUUGUGAGCCAAGCUAUUGUAGUGUGUCCUGAAUUUUUCACCUCCAAGGUUUUUGGAUAAAAUUUUGAAUACGACACAUCUCUCCAAUAGAUAUUUUUCACUAUUGUGUGAUAUUGACAUUCUGACCAUUGUAGAAAAAUACUGUUUUAAAAAAAACAAACCACUUGGAUAGUCAACCUCUAUUUGUCUCUUUUCAAUGUGAAGUUAACCAACUUGCCAAAGUUAUUAACUUGAUACAGCUAUUUAUGUUGGAUUGAAUCUACUCACUCAGUACAAUAUGCAAAGGUAUUCAGGUACUUGUCAAAGUGUUUUUGAGGAGUACAUUUUAAAACGCAUUUAAUAAUAAAUUUCAAGUAAUAUUAUAAUUGGUCAUUGGUUUUAAAAUAAGUAGCAUGCCUAUUUCUCAGUCAGUUCAGCACAAGAUGAGUUUUGUGUGGAGCUCAUGCGAUACAUGUUCCCAAAAUCACCUUAUACCCUAACAAAAUUUCUGUAAAGUGUUUAGAAAACCAUUUAUGUAUUAAAACAGUUUGCUUUUAUUCUUAGUAUGAUUUUUUAGUCAAUUAUUAUAUUAUUUGGACAACGAUUAAUCUUUCAUGUUCAGAAACCUUGAUAUAAAGUCAUUCUUCAUUUUAAGCAGGUGUUUCACUGUUUUAUUUGAAGAUCUGGAAAAUUUUUUAUAUUUUUCAUGUGUUUUUGUAAGGUGAAAGUCAUUUGCUUAUCACAUGCUUGAUGUUUACCAGAGAGAAAAAAAAGGUUUUUAGCACAUCAAAAUCUUUAGGUGGAAAAUUGUGAUCACCAUAAUUAUUUUGUGCCCAAAAAAAUAUAUAUAUACAUAUAUAUGUACAUAGAACCUGUCUAUUUUUUACAUUGUAUGUUGCAAAUUAUAUUUCCUCUUUAGUUAAAGAACUUUGUCUUCUCCAACUAUAUUUUCUAAGCUUACAAAACUGUAUAUGUGGGUUGAAGUUUCACCAGAAUUAGAAAAAGUCACAAUUUGAAUGUUCAAAAUUUUGUUAUUCACUUCAUGGUCAUCCCUAUGUAUAAAUAGAAACAGGAUCUGGUACUGAAAGACAGACAUGAUGUGAAGAUGGAUGGGUUAGAUUGAAUAUCUUUCAUUAUUGAAUUAAUAGGGGUCCAUGUUAUCAAUCAUGUAAUAAAUUUAACACAGCAAGUGAUUUAUUGGGGAAAUUGGAUCUGAUAAAUUAGAUUUGCCUUAUUGUUGUCCCUUAUCUUGUUGGUUUGUGUCUUGAAUGACAGUUUUGUCCAUUAAAAUGCCAGUUCAGACAGAAGUAAAUUAUCUGCCUAAAUUUGUGUAAACAAGAUUUUGAUGAUUACUCCUCACUAAUAUUAUAAUUAGUUUAAAAUCAGCUAAAAGCCACCUGGUUUUACUUCACAUCCAAGUUACACAUGUUUGAUUCCUUAUGGCAUAUGUUUUGCUUGAAAAACUACAGCAAUAUUGUCUUUUUGUUAUAAUUUGCAGUUUGAAUUUCUUUGAUCAUAUUACUUGUUAUUGACAGAGUCUAGUCAGUCACCUGGACAACAAAACUAACUUUAAAGGAACUGAAAAUAGAAACAAUGAAAAUGAGAGAAAAUAUCUGCUGAUAUUUGGAACAGAGAAAUUCUGCGUACUGACAACAAACUUUGGACCUUUUAACCUUGUGAUUAGUACUUUGCAUGUUCUACCACCAAAAUAUUUAAAAGGAGACUGAUAGUUGCUAUGCCACUAAUUGAAACUAAGUUCAUUCAUACUGUCAGGAUUUGUGAUUUGGAGGAUGAUCUUGUUAGAUUUCCUGACACCAGGCUCCAAAAAUGCCCUCACUUGACAUAGCCUGUCUCUAACUGGAGGUUUAUUCCUAUUAAAAUUUAUCAUUACCAUCAUUUUUUUUUCUAUAUAUACUUAAACAAGUGAUCAGUUUGAUAAGGAUUGAAAUAAAAUUGUGUGGUCCCCAUUUCAUUUAAUAAGUGUUCCAAUUUUCUUCUGCAGGAACAUUUUCAAGAGCACCAUACUUUAUUGAAGAACCCUCAGAUAUAUACGUCAAAAAAGGGAGACCAGCAGAACUACAUUGUCGAGUAGGAGGAACUCCAAAACCCAGUAUAAUAUGGAAAAGAAAUGACAAUAACUUGGAUUUGACUAGCGACAGUAGAAGAAGGAUUACAGCAAAUGGAUCUCUAUAUUUUUCAGAAAUUAUUCACAAUAAGACUCAGAAGCCAGAUGAAGGGAUCUAUCAAUGUGCAGCAUCUACAAGAAUUCAGGGUUCUUAUCACCAAGUUUUAAGCAGAACUGCUCAAGUUAUUGUUGCUGGUAAGUUAUGUUAUUAAAAGUUACUGGCAGAAUUUUGCCUCCUAAAUUUACCUCCUUAUAGAUUCCAGAGAGAUGAUAACCACAGUGAUUUCAAUGAACAUAUAUAAAUGUGGUGAAAAACUUUAUAUUACUGAUGAAACGUUUCUGUAAAGCUCAGAGAAAGACAUAAAUGAGAUGGAAUAUGGUGGGCACCUUUGAGCAGUCAUGGUGACUAGCAACAAUGUUUUUAGUAAAGGAAUGUCUCCUGUAAUGUAGAUUUGUUUAUAAUGCUCUAUUUCCCAUUUCUUCAUGCAUUUUGCAACAUUACCAUGAUUUUUGUCAUUUGAAACAGUAGAGAAUCAUAAUGAACUUCAAAGUACAAUCUAAAAUUUUUUGUAUGCACCAGAUCCACCUAAACUGAUUAACUGAAGGGUAGGUUUUUGAAGGGAAUAAUUUUGGAAUGUUAACUUUCCUCUUUUCUCUGUGGUAGGAAUGCAUUUCAGAAUCAUUAAUUCAAAUGAAAUACAAAUUCCCACUGUGAAAGAGUACGUGCAUUUGCUUGUAGUGAAUGACAAAGAAAAAAUUUAGAUAUGCACAUUAGCAUACAUGUGUAAAUUUUUGCACUACAUAUGCAUAACGAUAUGCACUGGAAGCAUAAAUUAUGCAAUUCUGAGGGAUACAGUCUGGGCUGUUUUCUUGUUUUCAUCACCCAAAUCAACAAGUCCCUAGGUUCUCUCUCUCUGGAUUCUUUAUUGAGGGGUGGAAGGCUGAUAAAAUCACAAGAGUUAUUUCUAUUAAAUGUUGAGUGAAUUCAGUACUUGUCCAAAAAAAAAAUAAAUACUAAGGCCAGUUCUUGCAACUCGAGAUAGAGUGGAGGACAAAACAAUAAAAAGUGUCCUAAAUUUUAUGAACUUUGGGGAAGAAAUGUCUUUCCUUUUGUUUUCAUUUUACAUGUACAUGCUACAUUUUCACGGACUGGAAAGGAGUCUUAUUGCAUUGGUUAGGGUUGGUUGAGUUCAAGACCCCUGUAGCUUCAAAAAUGAUCCUGUAAAUCUUUCACUAAUUCCACUUCUUGACUCUUAAAUAAGCCCCCCUCCUAAGAAAUGCUUGGAAUUAGCACUUAAAUAGAUAUGGAGAUUAUUUGGUCAACUGGAAAACUACAAUGGAGGUUAAAAGUCUUGUCACUCUUAAUAUGAUUUUACUAAAAUAUGGUUAUGCCCCUUCUCCCCCAAACAGUUUUGAAUUUGUGUGCUUCGUAAACUUUUGCAAGAUGUGGUAAUUGUUUAGUUUUAUCAACAUUGUUAGAGAGGGGAGGGAAGGUUCUGUGUACAUGCCUGUAUCAGCAAAAAGUGUUUAUUUUCAUCUGUAAGAUAUUAAAAUAUAUUGUUUUCAAUAACUAUCCCAAGGAGUUUUUGUGGAUUUUUUUACGACAUUGUGCAACUCAGAAACUUUAUUCUACAUCCUCCGAUGGUUAAACAAUCAGAAUAAUAAAUCAAACUAGCAUGUAAAUUUGAGCAAAAAACAAUUGUUUAGAUGACAAAAAAAAUAAUUUUGUCCAAUCAUCAGUUUAAUUAACAAUUCUGUAAUUUACAGUGAAAUAGGAAUUACAACUUUCAGUUAAAUUUGUCAUUACAUGGUUUUGACCCCUAUUGUGCUAUCUUAAAUACCAUGGAAAUUACCAUUGCUCCCAGCAUAUGGCUUUAGGAUGCAGAUUGUAUUCAUUCUCAGCUAGUAUAUGGAUAUGAUAGGGUUAGGUACUGUUGAAGAUUGGAUUCAGUAUUUGAGGCUUUACAUGCAUUUAUGGCAAUAGCUUCAAAUAUAGAUGAUCAACUUGUCACCUCUCAUCGACUGGUAAAAUGUGUUAUUUGUUUCAUCAUUCUAUAAAUUCUUUCUUCCUUUUCAUUAGCCAAGACCCCCCCACACUUGACCAGUAUGUAAAGUGCCCCAGCAUGACAUUUGUCUGCUCAAGUGUAAUUAGUGACUGUGUUGUUGUUUUUUCUCUGCAAAUAAGACUCUAAUCUUACAUAGUCUUCUGUGCAAAAUGGUAGUUGCUUCUAAAGAGGUUCAAGGGUGAUUCCCAAGAAAAACAGUUUUGAAAACAAACAUAGUAGCUGAUUGAUAUUAUAAUAAUGAUAUUUUGUAAUGUUUGAAAUUAACAAUGAUAUUGUUAUGUUUCAGGUAUUUCUUCCAAGGUGUCUGUCAUUUCCCCUUAUUCAAGGAAAGUUCCACUUGGGGAUACAUCAAGAUUUUUCUGUAGUGUAAAGCAUUCAGCACCCAAAGCUGUGAUAAGUUGGAGAAAGAAAGGUGAAAAUGGCACAAUUUCAUCUGGAAAACAUUACACUUUGAUUCCAAAUGGAGCUCUACAAAUAAGGAAUAUCAGAUUUGAGGAAGGAGGAGAUUAUGAGUGCAUUGCUGAGAAUUUAUUCACCAACAAGAGGCAUACUAGCACAGACACAGGAUUUAUCGAAGUUCUACCUGGUAAGUUUUACAAAAUUAUGCAAAAUGUCUGCAACACUUUUGUUCAGAUACUAUUCAACCCUUGAAAGAUAACAGAAUUCAAGGGUGGACAAGAACCUACUGGUGUGGAGACAAGUCUUUGUCAGGGACUGGAUGCUGGGCAUGUUAUUACCUACAGAGUCCACCUAAGAGGAAUGUCUAAAGCUAUAUUAUAGUUUAAGCUUAUUUACUUAAACCCAGGGAUGGAGUUAAACUUGGUAAUACUCUUAUUUGCGGUUUUAAAUCACAAAAACUGGAAUCAGCAACAGAGCUCUGAACUGAAACAUUUGUCAGAGCACUUCACUUUUUUGAGCAAGAUUUUUUUUUAUAUUCUUUUUCUAAUGUCGAGUCGAAAAUAUUAUCCAGCAAAUUUGAUUGUAACUCAGAUUCAAAAGUAAACAAAGGAUUGCAACAUGAUACUUGAAAUGGAAUCCAAAGUAGUUUCUUAACAAAUUGAUCCCAAACUAUUGUUCUGUGAAUUGUGUAUGAAAAUUUGUUGACGAUACUCUCUGAUAUGAUGUUAUAGUUGUUAUAGAAACAAUUUUCUAAACAAUGACUUAAAAUGGCAAUUUAACAACUUCUGCCAAGGUUCUGCCUAUCCAGAAGUAGGCAGGAGCAGUAAAUUGGGAAGAAAUGGAGAGUAAACGGUUGUUUCAGAAGGAAGGGUUGUUUCUUUGAGAUCUCUGAUAAGUUAUUUAAUAGUUAGAAUAUUAACCUAAAGCAAAGUGAGUUCACUUGAUUGAGGGACUAUUACCUAGAAUUUACUACUUUGUAGUCACUAGACCAAAGUUUGGAUCAUUUGUGUGGGUCUCUAUCUUUAACUGACAGAUACUGGGUUUUCGCGUCGUCCUCGUGUUGAAGUAAAACCUAAGGACACAGAAGCGGUUCUUGGCAGUGAGGUAGUCCUUGAGUGCAUAGCAAAUGGAUCUCCUAAACCACGAGUAACUUGGCUGAAAAAUGGCUCACCUGUGCGGCUUGGAAAAGACUACUCAAUUUUAGGAGAGAGUAACCUCAUGAUUAAGUCUGUAACUGUAGCACAUGCAGGAAACUACACUUGUCGAGCAGUGGCUGACUUUCGGAAAGAGGAAGCUUCAGCCAAAUUGGAAGUACAUUGUAAGUUUUGAAUUAUGAUUAGACUGUAGAGCAUCAGACUGUGCUUUGUAUUUGUUCACUUGCUGUUUAUCAAACCAGCUUAGGAUGUUUGGAGAAAAUAAGAAGAUUUAUAAUUUUUUCUUCCCAAAAGUGAGAGAUUUACUAAACUUGUUUUAAUACUUAUGCCUAAUUAUGUCAGAGAGGAGCCUUCUAUUACAUGUAGCAACAUGACAAAGCUGAUUGAUAUGCAAGUUUGUUCAGCAUGGUGUUUAAACAUACAUGGAUCCUUGUGGAAAAAAAAAUGAAACUAGGGAGGAAGUAUGGAGAUGUUGGUUGGAAUGUAAUCAGCAACAUGCAACAUGUAACAUAAAUGAAUAUUGGCUUAAAGAAAUCAAUAUUGUUAUCUUUGUUUUCAGAUGCUCCUGUUUUCUCUAUGAAACCAAGUGAUGUUCAUGCUCAUAGUGGAUCAGAUGUAAGAUUCAAAUGCUCAGCACAUGGAAUACCCAAACCAACAAUCACGUGGAGCAAAAAUGGACUUGGUGUUGGUGGUGAUUACAUUGUAGUUGGAGAUGGCUUUAUGUUAGUGAAAGAUUUGGUCUUCUGGGAUGCUGCUGUCUAUCAAUGCUUUGCAGAGAACGAUUUAGGAAAAGUACAAGCCACAGCAAACCUUUUUGUGUACAGAAAAGGUAAUUACAUGUGUACAAUGGACUGAAUAUGGUAUUUGCUGAGACACUGUCUUGUAGAAAUCUAGAAAUCAACUUUCUUGUUUCAGUAACUUUUAAUGUAAGAUAACAGAAAUUUCAAUGCAACUAAAUUUUUCACUUUGGCAACCCAAAUCCUGAAAAUUAGUCACCAAAUUGGCGACUAGAAUGUUUCAUCAUAACCUUACCUAGAGAUGUAGUGAAUUAAAAAGAUUUGUAAAGAUAAAUCCAUGGCAAACUUCCUUGUUAAGUUCACUUCCAAAACACAGCACUUGCAUCUUGACUGAUAACUACACGCCAUCUUGGAUUUAGGUGAGCUUGAACAUUGUAUAUCAUCCAACUUAGUAUCCACUUUGUAGCAUGUUAAAGAUCUUUUUCCUAAUUUAAUUUUGGAGGGUCUAUCCAGAACACUGACAGUGUGAAAAAAAGGUUUUUGUUUUUUUUUAAAAAUGGCGACCAACUUUUUUUGAAUUGGCCACCACUUUUAAGAAUUUAGGAGCCAAGUGGAUAUCAGAAAAAAAGAUUAAUUUCAUGCCCUGCCCUUGUUCUGAACCCUUUUUUUCAUAUUCGCCAUACUGUUCUACAUUUCCAAUGGUAGUGACAAGGAGAAUUUGUUUGUCAAUCAAGAGUUUUUUAUAUUGAUGAUCAAUUCCUUCAUUCUCAUGACCUUUUCAUUUGAUUUAAAGGUGUAAAAUUUGAAAUAUUUUUCUCACAAAUCUAGGCAAUUUCUCCUUUUAUUUGUUCGCUUGGAACCAAUUUCACCAUAGUUUUCAUGACAAGUGCAACUGCAACAUUUUCACCAUUUUCUGUGAACUGAUUUAUGUAAGCUCCAAGGCAUUCAUCUACCAUAUUUUUGCUUUAAAAUUUGUUAUAUCUGAGACAUUGAUUUCUCUUAGUUAGUAUCCUUUGCUUUAAGAAUAUGUCAGAAUUUUAUUCUGACAAGAAUUCUCUAACUUUUUUACCAGGAGAACGUCUUCCAACUACUACAGCUCCACCAACAACAACACAAGCAACAACUGUCAGACAAACGACAACCACACCUACACCUAAACCAAGAGUACCUGAGAAACCAGAAAAUGUUGUAGCCAUUGCUCGUUCAGACACUGAAAUACUACUGACCUGGGAACCUCCAAAGGCUACUAAUGGAGAGAUUCAGCAUUACAGAAUCUUUUAUAGUGUGUUCAACCCAAGUGAUGGUAAGCUAAUUUUUAUUAAUAAAGUGAUUAGUACUCUCCUAUUUGGCCUAAAUAUUCACUUGUCACCAAACAAGGUAAGCAUUUUGGGGUUGUAAUUCUUGCACAAUAUGCAUUUUGCUAUUCUAAAUUUUGAAUUGGAAUGUCUCUGUGGACCAGAUGCCUGGUUCUCAUGUUUUUACUCAAGAAAGGUUGCCGCUUAACAUGUUAUUUCUGUUACAGAUAGCAUACAGUUCAAACCUGUGAGCACACCUGGAGACCAACUUAAAAAGUCCUUUCCUGGCCUCAUACCUGAUACGAAAUACCGUUUCAAUGUCUUUGCCGUGAAUGAAGCUGGUGCAGGAGCUAUUUCAGAUGAGGUUACAGCCAGUACAUAUCCCAGUUCACAAGUCCCAGGAAAACCUCAAAACUUAGUAGCUGAGGCAGAGUCUGAUUCUUCAAUUAGGGUCACAUGGUCAGAGCCAGAUACAGGGUAAGUUGGUAGACAAAUCCUUGUGGAAAAUCUUUUCUUUAGUAACAUUUGCUUAUGAAUCUGAUCAAGCUUAAUAACACCAUUCUUUUAAUGGUUUUGUGUACAUUAUUCCUCUUUGUAAUGUACUGUUGUGAAUGUAGAACUCUUUGGCAACAGUUUCUGUGUUUGUGGGUUGUCCAUGCACCCAGAAAUCAAUCAGUUUUUGAUUGUCGCCAGCAAUGUGUUAAGUCAAGGUAUGAAAAGUGAUUUUCAUAAAUGUUCAGGUUCACCUGAUUUUAGUGACACUUUUCCUCUUUCUAAAUCCUGCUGGCAAAUCUCAACCCCCUCAAAAGAGGAUAUGGCCAGCCAAAUUUUUUUUAAACCCCUCUAACGAAAGGAUCAGGAGAUUAAUCCAUGUUCUACUGAACAACAGUUACAAAACAAUUGACUCAAUAAGAUGGAAGCAGUAGAAAUGUGCUCUGUAAACUUCCCAAAAUGCUUCCCACCUGCAUGAACACGUGCCUGAGCAAUAUAUAAUGCCUGAGCAAUAAACUAACUAUUUUACAACAUGUUCAACAUCAGGGCUUAAGAUUGUGACUAGUUCAGUUGUCAAGGAAAUUAUCAAGAUUCUCCACCAUCAUGAGAAUUAGAUUUUUGUAUGUUCUAAAAGUUAAACAAGUCAAGUUCAACAGGAUCCUGUAUUGUCUAGUUUUCUGACUUUUGACACGUGCUGCAUACAUGAUUACUGUUCCUCCUUUGAGAUGCAGGUGCAUGUAUGGCCAUGUAAUAUCCUCUUCCUCUGUCCUCAUAGUGGCUAAUCUUUUACCCACAGGCCCAGCUCAAUACUCAGAUACCACAUUAUGUACAAGAAAGCUGGCACUAAUGGAGAGAUACAUGAGAGCACAAAGCAACAAACAAGGGUCUUGCGCUACCUUGAUACCUACACCAAGUAUAUCAUCGAGGUCUAUGCAGUGAAUAAGCGAGAGAUGGCUGGUGCCAAAGCAACAACAGAAGCAACAACUAAAGGAGGAGGUAUUUGUAGCUGCAAAAUGAACUACAUUCCUUUAGUUACUCAAGGAGAGGGCAGAAGAAUACCCUUUGAAUGAAUAGUUUUCCUUGCUUAUUACAUUUUAUAGCCUUCUUUGAAGUGGUCAGAGGCUGUCCUCGAGUAAAGGCUAAGUGUAGUAUUCUUUUAAGAAUCCUGGUCAACCACCCCUCUUUUUUUGUUUAUAUAUGGAAAACAGCAGGAAAAAUCAUUCACAUUACACUCAAUGCCUGGCAGGAGUCGUGUCGGCCCAUCAACACUUUUUAUAAGGUGUAAAGAAAAGAUUUGUAAAAGGAGAAGUGUUACGCAUCCUAAGAACAAAUCCAAUGGGCUCCUCCAUUAAAGAGGGGAAUAGGAGAUACCCAACAGAGUUCUGGAGAGAUAUGUCUGGAGCUAUUUGCUCUGAUAGAGAGGGGUAACUUAAAAAUAAAGAAAAUACUGAUGGGGAAAUGGCAACUUAUUUAAAGCCCAAGACACUCAAUCACACCACAAAGGAAAGUCAUAAAAAUAUAUCUCCUUGUCAGAGCAAAUCUCCAAAGGCAGAAUUUGAAAAAUCACUUGCAAAUGGCAGCAGUCAUGCAGGCUGGUCAACUCUUUUUAACUCCUCAUUUGCUUCUUGUGACCUGCACCUCAGGCCGUCUCAGCUUGUUGAUUCUUUGAUGCAGCAAAAUCUCUGCAAAUUAGCUGUUAGUUAGACCUUUGAUGCCCAGACUAUCCUUCCUGUCAUUCCACAGGUCAAAGGUAGGUCUUCGAGGCUGAAUCCUUUUCUUCUGUGCCAUGGCUAUAGGCCUUCCAUGUGGAGGAAUGUGAGAUGCCCUCUAUGUUCCCAGUUACAAACACAAAUUACUCAAAAAAAUUGUGAGAAACUACUAAAAUAACGAUGUAGAAGAAACCACUGAUAGUUUCAGAAGACUGCCAUGACAAUGUAAGACCUCAAUAUAUUUAGAUCACUUAGAUGCACUUGGAUGAUGGACCACAAUAGAAAUUUCACAAAUUUAGAUGGCAUAGAAAAUGGUGGGCUAAGCGUGCAAUGGUCUUAUGGUUGACUAUGGUCCUUUAACUGCUGAACACUGUUAAUGAUUUGGUCCAUGAAGUUUUCAUAACUGUUUGUUUGUAGUUCCAAGAGUACCACCAACUGACUUUGUACUAAAACCUGACAGUACAGGAAAAGGAUUGAUAGCAACUUGGAAGGCCCCAGACCCAACCAAAGUGAAUGGAAGAGUAUCAUUUUACAAGAUUAUAUUCAGGAAAGUUGGAAGUAAACUGGAGAACACAACUGAAGAUAUUCCAGUAAGGAUGCAUACCAGUAUUCAGUGAUUACAUGAAGAUGUAGACAAUUAUAUGGUGGACUCAAUGGCAAAUUUGUUGUCUAUGGAACUCUUUACAACUACAAUGGAUUUCCAUUUAAAACCAACAGUAAUUGAUGUAUAAUUGGGAAUCAAAAUAGCCUAUUAUAAAAACGAGUCAUGAAAACUUUGACAGUAACAGGUGCUAGUAGAGAGGCAUUUUGGAGCAUUUAUGCCUUAAAUGAUUCACAAAUUCUUUCUUCUCAUAAUUCUUGCAUGGCUGCACUGGUACAGGCCAGGAAGGAGUCUCUGUUAAUCCUGAGCACAGUGCCAACCUUUUUUUUUAAAUUAUGAUAAUGGUUUAGUGAUGGAUCUUUUUGAGAGCUUAUCAUUUCCUAUGUUUUAGGCUGACAAAGAGACCUACACCAUUGAAGACUUAAUGCCAAGCACUAGAUAUGAAGCCAUCAUUGCUGCUGGUACUGAUUCUGGUAUAGGAGAGUACACAAAGGAUUGGGUGAGGGCAAGCACAAAUGUCAGUAAAUGUGAAGGUCAGUCUAGCAUAUGUUUUUACUAAUAGAAGCAGUUCAGAAAGCAGCAAAUAUGUUUGGCAAGCUUUGUAUGUAUUGGUAACCAAACGAUUUCAGGUGAAAUUUAGGAUGAAUUUGCACAAGUUAAAAAUAAAAUGCUUAAGCCCAUGUGUCAGUGCAGUUAGUAAUUUUCAAGAAAUGGAGUUGCCUAUUCAGUUCAAAUUCCAUCAGAAAUUAUACCAUUAAUGGUUAGUGACAUAUAUGUAGUUUCAACCUUCAGCCCCCUAUUUCAGCCAUUUUUACUGUUUGGAUUUAAUUGACAUACUCUCAGUUAAUGGGCAAACAGGAAUUGUAUGCAAGUAUCCUCUAGAUGGUGGGAGAAUGUUUUUUCUGUUAUGCCAGUUGAUAACUUGUCUUGUCUUUGAAACCAGCAUAUACUGUUUUUAACUUGAAAAGCUUGCUAUAACUUUCUGUGAGGUUUUGCAAUCAUUAACCAAAAGAAGAAAGGUUUCCAUAAUCCCUCCUGCAUUGCAAAGUUGGCUUCUGUUGGUAGUGUGUCAGAUGACUUAUAGGAAGAACUUUUUUCCCUCAAAAAUGACACUUUUGUCUUUCUACCUUCUUUCUUAAACUGCUAUUUAAUGCAUCCUUCAUAGAGGAUACAACACCAGGGAAACCAACAUUUAAAAAGGCAAAGGUGCUUUCCACUACCAUUUUGGUAAGCUGGAAGCCACCGGACAAUUCUGGCUUGGUCUGCGUUUCAAGCUACGAAAUUAGAUGGGGAGAAAAUGCCCCUUUCCAAUAUGAUCCACGACGCCUGAAAGGAGACCAAACGGAGUAUCUCAUCAAGGGACUCAGUAAGUUUGCUGCCAAGCUUUUCUUUCCGAAUAUUUUAAGCAUUUAAGGAUAGGUACAGCAUGACAUUUUGGUAACAAAACGAACAACAAAACUUGAUCUUUUCGCUGAUGGCCGUACAAAUAAAGGGAAUAAAACAGGAGUUCCCAUUUCUGUUUGGCUGGUGCUGCAAAUAUGCAUAAUUUUGGAAAUGUAACAGACGACCCGCAGGAUUCUCAUCUGAAGCAUGUUUCAUUCUGGUAAUAAUUGAUUGAAGCAGAUAUUCUUUACUUCAUUGAUACUUCAUUGACACAGUCCAGAGAAACCAGUUUGUUUUAUCUUGCCAAUCCAAACAACUAAUCUUGAAAGAAUCGUACAUGCUUACUUGUGGGUCCAAUAAAACAUUCCUAUCUUUACCACUAGACAGUCCCCAUUAGGUGAUACCUUUGUAAGAAAAUUGUGAUAUAUACGUAACUUCUAUUAUUUCUUUCUAAGUACUGAGAGUGAGUUGAAUUUGAGGUUACAACUUUCUCUUGUUUGAGUUUUAUCAUGGAAUGGCUGGCUACUUACAGAAUUUGCUUUAAAGGUUAUUGUCAGGUUAUAAGUGACUCUUAUAUUAAAAGACUUUAAAAUGAAAAUAAAUACAAAAAACCUGGUUUUCUCUGAAGCAAAUUCAGUGGAAUCCCCUUUUCUAAAAUCCCAUGUGUCCAAAACUCUCUAUUAUUCAAGGCAAAACUGACUUCCCUGAAACAGCCAAAUACUUUAAAUUGACCCUGAUUUUUCAUAUUUUGACAAUUAAAACCAGUUUCCUUUCCUAAGGACAUUACAAUAAGUGGUCACGAGGUAAAUACCCCAUGCUAUGCAUUUUGCACCAUCUCACUGCGUCAGAAAGUGACCUUAUGUGGUGUCCAGAAUGUUUUGUUAUUAUUAAUGGUCUUAUUUGUUUGUCUGUUUAUUUCUUUCUUUUGCACAGAGCCCAACAAGAAUUAUGUGAUUUUACUCAUUGCAAUCAACAGCAAAGGCAAUGGUCCUGAUGUCCAAACUAAAUUACAAACGUUAUCUGGAAUAGGUAAGUCAUUCAAAGGAAAUUUUAAUAAAACAUUUAACCUAUUUUCAAACCUUUUCAAGACAUAUUUAUGACCAGGGCAGAAGGACCGACCGACCGUUUCUUAUUCGUUUCUUCAACCGCAGUGCACAUAUACGAUUUUCAUAUAUUUACAGUCAUUUAUUCGACAAUUUCUAAAAUCGUGAAUUCGAGAAAUUUUUUUUCUUACAUCUGGAUUUUUUUUUAAUUAAUUUUUUUUCUUCUUGUAUGGAUAGUAUUUAUAAUCAAAGAUUACAUAUUUAUUUCAGAAGAUACAAAGCCGGUGAAAAUUGUGGAAGCAGUCUCUUCAGAUCCAAGAGAAAUGCAGUUGUCAUGGAAAGAUGAGCAAGCAUCCAGUUCUGUGCCUAUAACUUAUCAUGUGUACCAUUCUCUGCGCAAACAACUGACAUAUUGUGGAAAUACAACGGAUAAGAAAAUAAAAUGCUCUCGUUUGAAGCCGUGUACAGAAUAUACCUUUUAUGUGAGGCGAAAUGACGAGCGAGUAAAUGCUUCCAUCAGCAGUUUGACUUCAGAGGACAGUAGGUCGAAUUUUAGAUUGUUGUGCAAGGUAUCUUAUACCUCAUUCACACCAAUAAAACAUGUUCAAAUAAAUCGGGUUUAGCUGACUGAAAUCGCAAGCAGAGAACUGAAAACUGAAUUGUCCGUAGGUUUCAAGUUUUCACUAACGUGUAUCUUCAUUGUGCUACAUUUUAAGUCUACAUACUUUGUUUUAAACAGCUUCUAUGAAGAGAUUAAAGUUCAAACUAUGUUUAACAAAAAAUCUUUUAAAACGUAAGCAAGCUUUGGUUUGAAUGUGGUAUUAGAUCUUUUUUAAUUUAAAGCAAACUGUUGUACUUUUUGAGGUUUUCUUGGUGACUUUCCUUAUGGCCUUGUCUUUGUCACAUCAAGCUAUAUCAAAUUUUAAUUUCGUAGCCCAGUCAAGGAGCAGGGAUACAUCAGCAUGACCAGAACCAAGUUGCCUCGUGAUGAUAAUUGUUUUGACGAACCCUGCUUAGGUCCAAUACUUCACACCUUGUCAAGAGAUUUGUGUCGGUUUCAAAUAUGUCGUUGAGAAGAAAUCGAAUGCACCUUUGUUAUUGACCGUUUUUGACCAUUUUGUUGUUGUUUUGGUACCUCUAGAACCCGGACCGCCCACUGACUUGACCGGAAACCCAGAUGAAGAGAACUUCACCCAACUGACGUUACACUGGCAGCCGCCGAAGGAACUGAAUGGGAACAUCACCAAGUACCGCAUCUUUUACUCCACAGAUCCGAAUACUCCUGUUAAGGACUGGAAAUCUGUACUUGUUGACGGAUCCAAACUUACAGAGAAAUUUACUGGCUUAGAACCUGGAACAACUUACUACUUUGAAAUGCAGGCGCGCACCAAAAAAGGAUGGGGACGUCAUUCGAAAAGAAAGGAGGCUGCUACGUUGACAAAAAGCUUGAAAACAGAGCCCUCAGUAGCCACAGGUUUGUUGUGUAGAACUUAGAAAUAAUCCUUGAAAUCUACUUGCCCCCCCCCCCUCCCAAACUUGAAGAGGGUUAGUGAAUAUUGUUCCUGAGAGCAUAAUACAUUGGCAGAUGGGAGGGGGGGUGUUACCCUACAGUGAUUUUCCUCAUAAGUGUAUCUGUUCAUAGUCGAGCUGUUGAAGGAGCUACUCCUAAUUUUUAUCUCGAGCUCCUCAAAGUAGAAAUAAAACUAAGAAUGUUCUUUGAAAGAGCUGACAAAAAGAAGGUGUAGGAAUAAUCUUUAGUAUAAUGUGGAAGGUGAGGAGUGCAAACGUCAACACACAUUUAAAAACCACAAACAAUAAAAUUGUACAAUUGUGUGGUUGAUUAACAGAAUUGAAGUCGCCCUCUUCACCGGACAGCGCUGCUUUAGCCGGACAAGGGAAACUCAAGAACAAGACAUUGUGGAUCGUUAUCGCCGCUGUGGCGGGCAUCACUCUCAUCGCUAUCAUCAUCAUUAGUGUUAUACUGUGUAAGAAGAGAUCAGGAGAUGACAUUCGGAGGUAGUUAUAGAAUAUUUACAUAUUAUAUAUUUCAUUAUUUAUCUCGUGAAUUUAAGCAGUAGAGGACUUUUUCCCAGUUAACGUACGAUUAUCUCAGCACACCUAUCGACCAAUGAGAUCGCGCGUACUCAAAUAUUUUGUUUAUAUAAGUAUAGCUUUAAUAAGUAAAUACUCAUCUAUUUUACAGUGCCCUUAUCUUACGAAGAUAUCCUAACUCCUCCAAAUAUAUUCAUCUACUUGUUUUCCAUCUAUUUUUUCAUUCCUUACUUAUUUAAAUUAAAUUCUAUUUCCUGAAACCCCAAUUGAAGUGGGGUAUUUUUGAACCUCAACUGAUAUGACGCGUUUUUUUUGUUGUCUGCAGAAAACCUCCAACAUACAAGUCCGUCAUUCAAGCGAAUGGCUCAACAAAGAAGAAGAGCAAGGAAGAAAAACCACCAGAUCUGUGGAUCAAUCACACCGAGAACCUUGAUAUGAAACCAGUUCAGACUGUGGAUCCUGCUCCAGAUGUUACCAACAUUACCGCGUCUAUUCCAAGGUAUAUCGUACUUAGAUCGUUAAAUUGUGUUUUAAAUCCUCUCUUUCUCCCGCUAAGUCUUGUUGGUGGGGGUGGGGAUUCAAUUGACGGAAGUUUUACUGAAGAUUGUGACACAGAUUUCUGAUAACGUAACAAAGAAAGAAUGUUGUAACAGAUUUUUAUGUUACAUCAACAGAAGCACUGGGGAAAUGAAGCCGCUCGACGACUCUCCUCUGGACCACAUCAAAAUCGAUCAGGACAGGAGCUCUUUUUUGAAUGGUAGUGAGGCGGAUUGCGAGGAGUUUGACGACCUUCCUCCUCCUCCUCCAAAGAUCGACAGCGCAGGAAAUCCUUACGUUGAAUACCCUGAAGACAGCAGAACCUCUACCCCUCCCCCUUCGCCUGGAAUGUCACCCCUCUAUCCCCCGCUCAGAGCAUCCACGCCAGAUAAUGGUACAGUGAUUUUUGUGACUGUUAAGUUUUCUUUGAACAUUAGUAAGCUAUCGAAAUGUUAACGAAUGAACGAAAUCGUAACAGGGAUAAACUUGUGGUAGGGUUUGUGAGUUUUAAGUAUAUACCGUACAAAGCUAAUCAUCAAACGCGAGUUUGAUGCUAUAUAAGCAACAAGUCUUCUUGUUUAACCCAAGGAUUAGUAGUGAGUAAUGUCGCAAUGAAACAAUUUCAAUACCAUAUGAAACGAUUUCAAUACCUUAAAAAAUAAGAUAACGAGAGUAAAGAAACUAUCAUCAUGGUGAUAGUGCAUGAUUUGGUAUCAAAUUCUCACAAUAAAAACCGUCAGAAAUGCAUGAUGGUCAGUAAGGAGAAUUGAAAUAUCAAAAUCCUCGGUGUGAAUGACCUCAGUGUUAAUCUUACAAAUUGCUAGUUUACCAGCCCAUGUAUCCGAAAGCACCUACACCCCGUUAUCAGAUGCACCUGCCACGGACCGGCUCAUGCGAGAACAAUAGCCUUGAUGUUGGGGAUCCACGUCCACCGCAGAGAUCCAGAUCGUACGACCCAGACUUCAGAGCUCCAAGUGCCAAGGUAAUGUGCAACUUUGAUAUUACUUUCUCUUUACCGGACGUUUCUCUAGUAUGCCUUCAUUUUUUACUCUUUCCUAAAGACAAACAAAAAAGAAAAUUCAAAAGAAACCUUCGGGAAAAUACAUUAUCUCUGUAUCUUUUCUUCCCCUUUAUCUGCUCUCCUGACUUUUUCGUCCUUCUCUGUUUUUCUCAUGAAUACAAAGUCUUUUUUUUCAGAGGAGUCUUUUGGUUUCUCGAGGCUCAUGUCUCGGAAAUCUGCGGUGCCAAAAUCUUAAAAAAUUACAAACAAACAAAAACCCGUGAUGGAGGUGUUAAAAAAACAAAAGUUAGUCAUAUGUGGGUACUGGGUUCUUUCUGAGCCCACUCCUUUCUAAACCACUUUUCGAGAAUGCCUUUAUUCACAAGUUACUCUUCAGAAGGAAAAGAGGGGCUGAACAGGGGAGGGGAGGGAAGGAAAGGAAAGGGCCCAGUGCUUCUUCUGUUUUCUUCUCUUGCCCAACCUUGUCUAUACCUCUACCACUUACCAAAUACAGAACGUUUUUUAUGUUGUUUGUAUUACCGCGUUUAAAAACUUUGAUGGAGGUAUGGUUUAGAUGAUAUGCUUUAGAUCCAGGCCUUCGCAAUGCUUGUAAGCGCGCUCAUUAGAUCUUGUGGCUUAUUCUUCAGAGUCAAAUCUCCUCAUGCACAUGAGCCAUACUCGAUCACCCUUGUAAAUAACAUCCUUUGUGUCUUUGAUAGGUACCAGUGUUUCCGAAGCUUCACACGUCUCCUCCGCCAACAUCACCAAAACCCAAAGCCAAACCUCCGGUGGCUCCAGCGGAUGAUAUACAGUUACCUCCGGUAGGUUUUAACCGUAAGACGCCCCCGAAUGGAUACUGGACUCCGCCACCGAAAUAUGAAGAGAUCUUCGCGCGCAGGUCAAAUCCGCCACCGAGUCCGCCAUCUUCGCCGCCCAGAGAUCAGGUAAAGACUAUAAGGGAGCCCUUUUUUCAUAUGCUUCCCCGUCGUCUUUUGAAUUAUUUUACUUACGAAGUUCCUCGUCAGGAAAACUGUUUUUGAUUAGUAUGAAUUUUUUUAUAUUUGUUCUUAGGCUCCAGAGGUAUCGGAGCUUGACAAAGAAAUAGCAGGACUUGAAGGACUUAUGAGAGACUUAAAUGAGAUCACUGCUGGUGAUUACCAAAUUUAACAUGGUGCGUAUCACUGACUGAUGGAAAUUAAUGGUGAACCAAUAGAAACUUUCUGGAAAUCCAAUUGCAGAGGGUGUUUCAUUUUUUGUUUACUGUUGUAGGCUUAUAGUUUUCGAUAUUUUCAGUUCAUUGUUUGUUUGUUUGUUUUUGUGUGUAUGUGUGUGUGUGUAAACGGGGCAAGCUGUUCAAUUUAUGACUGUUUCUCUUUUUCUUUAUUUUCACUUAGGUUUAAGAGAGUUUGAAUGAUAGAGAAUGUAGGAGAAUUCCUAUAGGAUUAUUCCCAGCUGGUAGUGAUGCGCUGUGUUCAUUCUGUCCACACGUACAAGCAGGAGAGUAAGGUCGGUGAAAAAAGAGUGGCCUCCACAUCAGAAGUGAACAUGCCUUCGACGUAACCUGAAGAUAGAAAGAUAUUGAAUCCCAUAAACGAAAGAGUAUAAAUAGCAAUUCCCGUUUAUUAACAAAGAAAGUAAAUUUAUGUAUCUACGAAUUUGUAUCCUAAUAGUUAUAAUAAUGGCUCUUCGCUGCGACUUGAAACAAUUUGCUAUUUGGUAUCGAACGUUUUCUCGAAUUUUGUUGGUUUUACCUCACUUCGCUCUUCGAUUUACCCUUUCAAACUAAUCUUAUGUCAAGCUGGAACCAAUGGCGACUUUGUCAUUUGCUUAAUGUUAACCCUUGUUUUAAUUGGCAAGGGUCAUUAUUGUGAUUUUGGUUUUACGAUAUUCAAUUGAAAGGUGCACUUUUAAUAGUGGUGCAAAAGAAGUAGCUAGCGAGAAUUUCAUCCCUGUGCGAAGGCACGGUGUCGAACGCUGCACUCCCUUCGCACUCUACAUUAGUUGAAGUCAUUUCAAGGGCUCUAGCGAUACCUUAAUUGCGAUCAGUAACAUGUUUUAUGUACUGGUAGAAUGGCCUACCUUGUCGUCAAAAUAAAUAUUUGAAAAUAUAAUUAACUUUUUUUAAUUGGGAUCCUAUUCAUUUCACGUCAAACAAGAUUAUAUAUCUAUAUAAAAAUAUAUAUUUUUGUGUACGUACGGAGACAAAAUUCAAGAUACUUCUCUGAAAGCCAACUCUGUAUUUUGUUCAUGGAAGAAGUAACACAUUCAGUUAGGAUUUUCUCUGGGAGUAGCUUUUUGCUACAAAGCACUUUUGUCGUGACCACUAAAAUCUUGGGCGUUUAGAAGUAGUAUUUCUCUUAAGUCGAUCAAUAGAGCAAUUCUUAGUCGAGGUCGCAAUUAGUGCGGAAUAUACUUUGGUCUUGCCUUACCUCAUAGAUGGUCCAGAAAACUCUAGCCAUUUUCCCAGCCAGUCAGAUUCAAAACUAAAACGAAACGCGAUUGUGGUCGCUCGUGAUUCCCCGCGCUAGGCAGUUUUCUUUUUUUCUCACUGACUACUAAUGAAAAAUUACAUUGGAAAUGCCAGAGUUAUAAAAAAAAUAAAUGUAACCAAAGAUUUUGAAGAAACAUCGAUAUACGCAACUGAGUAGUUAAGGAAUGGAGAUGAGCCAGCAAGUGGCGCUUGCAGUUGGUUUACCAUUUGUUCAAACAAGUGUCGGUAUUUUUGUAAAUAAUGUUCCAGAAAGAUGAGAGGAAACAGUGAUACCUCUGAAAAAGUAAUUUAUGGAUAUAAAGUUGCGCUACCCUAACGUUUUCUCGGUAGAUCAAAUUGUAUAUCAGCGAGUUAUUACAUAGUGAAGACGAGAAAUAAGGGUAUAACGCUGAUACGAUCAGAUCUGUUUUGUAGUUAAACCUUCCUUUAAUUGUAUAAAUUAAAGCUUUCAAGUUCUGCCAAGGUUAUUUCGUAACGUAGAUAAUAGAAGGGUUUUGUAUUUUUGUAAAAAUAAAUAUUUUUGGUGAACUAGUUACUUACUAAUACGAGUUUGUCGAGAUAUACAUGACGCGUAGUAAAUUUUGCAUGUGGUCUGUUUAACGCUCGAAUCGAUACAUAUCAGAAUUAGAGACUUGUAUGAAUUUAAUCUGAAUGAAACUUAUUGGUAU